CAAUGAAGUAUAUGCUCCUGUGGUGAAGGGUACAACCCUUCGAACCCUCUUCGCCGCGGUGGCCAUCAAAGGAUGGGUGGUGAAGCAAAUGGAUAUCGUAACGGCCUUCCUCAACGGAGGGUUCAAGUGUGUGAAGGGACCAGCAGAGGAAAGUGUUGGUGAAGAGGAGAGGCGCCGUUUUCACUCCUUGGUGGGCAGCCUCAUGUAUGCGGCCGUUCACACAAGGCCGGAUGCAGCCUUUGCUACCGGGCAGCUAGCUAGGGUUGUCCAAUGCCCUAAUGAAGAGCAGCUUGGGAGAGCAAGAAACAAGUGGACCAAGCAUUGAGCUCGGUGGAGUCCGAGUACAUGGCACUCUUCCGUGCCAUAAGAGAGGUUGUGUGGCAGCGACGUUUGCUAGCUGAAUUGGGGGAGGAGCAGCAAGGACCUACCCCACUCUACU